CUUAUAAAGCCAUUAUUAUAUACAUAAAGCAACAAACUCCUCUGCUUUAAUAAAAAUGGGGUGGAUAUCCGGCUUAGAAACGGCGGCGGCUGGUAUGGGCAACAUGGCAGCCGACCCAUUCGAAUCCUUACUGCAGGAAGGUGGACAGGGCUGCAGCUGGUACAUGCCCUCCUUCGCCGCCGGCGACCCCAACACUCUGUUCUUCAACCCCCCACUCGAGUCCUCUUCUCCCCCCAAUUCUCACCUCUUCUUCGCUUUGGGAACUCAAAACCCGUUUCUGGAUAACCAUUUUCUCACCACAGGAACCGGGAUUUCGAGCGGCGGAUUUGCCGAUUUCAACCCCCACAGCGGAUCAUCAUUGGGAUUCAACCACAGGUCGUCUAAGUUGUUGAAGCCGCUGGACAAUUCUGGGACGUCCAUGGGAGCUCAGCCGACUCUGUUCCAGAAAAGGGCUGCUGCUGCUGCUGCUCCUCUGAGGAGGAGGAGGAAUAACAUCUGCACCGGAGGCUCGGCUGAUGAUAAGAAGCCGGCGCCGGAAACGAAUGGGGAUGAAGCGAUGGAGUAUUGGAAUGCUUCAGAUGAUGAGUUGGUGCACAAGGAGAUUGAGGCUGAUGAGAAUAACCAUAAUGGCGGCGGAGGAAUGAGUACAGCGGUGACGGGCGGAGGCAAGAAGAAUAAAAAGAAGGGGCUUCCGGCCAAGAAUUUGAUGGCGGAAAGGCGACGCCGCAAGAAACUCAAUGACAGGCUUUACAUGUUGAGGUCUGUCGUCCCUAAGAUUAGCAAGAUGGACAGAGCUUCAAUCUUAGGAGAUGCAAUAGAGUACUUGAAGGAGCUUCUACAGAAAAUAAAUGACCUCCAAAAUGAACUAGAUUCCGUGCCAUCAUCGUCCAGCUCCGCAGUGGCCACAAGCUUUUACCCAGUCACACCUACUGCCACCGCCACAUCUUCCCUAACAUCGUGUCACAUCAAACAAGAGAUCUCUCAAACCCCGCUCUCUAGUCCAACUGCACAACCCACAAGAGUAGAAGUGGGGGUGAGAGAUGGGAGAAGUGUGAAUAUCCAUAUGUUGUGUAGCCGUAAACCAGCGGGUCUCUUACUCUCCACCAUGAGGGCUCUGGACCGCCUUGGCCUCGAUGUCCAACAGGCCGUUAUCAGCUGCUUCAAUGGCUUCUCCAUGGAUAUCUUCCGAGCAGAGGUAUAUAUAUGCAUCAAUACAUAGAAGGAGAUAUCAACCCAGAACAAAUCAAAGCUAUACUUCUGGAUUCUGCAGCAGCUUUGCCAUCGGGGAUGCUUUAAGCAGCUUUCCUAGCUAGUCAUAAAAGAACUGUAUUAAAUUCUCCAAUGGUUUUCAAUUUUUUAUGUGAACGUAGCUGCUAGCUUAGGGCGCAAGCAAAUACAUACAUGAUCUUGCGUGUUGAUCCAUCUCCUGGUUUAUCUUUGCUUGCUUUAGCAUUAUGCAAGCUGGUGUGGAAUUGCUUUCAAUUUCUAAGUAAGUGACAAUUAAG